AUGGGAUUCACUGCUGUUGUGGGAGACAACGGGGUCUACCCAGAGUCAAGGGUGCUUAUAAUAAUCACCGGCGGCACGAUAUGCAUGCAACCUUUACCAGAUGGCUCAGGACUUGCUCCAGUAGAUGGAUUUCUUGAGAAUGCUAUGGCCCCAAGGCCAUCAUUCAAUGAUAGGUCUGAGAAAGUCAAGCUCUCAGCCAUCAAAGAUGGCGAGAAGGUCCUCCUUGAUAGUCUGAGAACACCACCCAGCUCUUAUUCGCGGCACGUCCGCUAUAGCGCACUUGAGUUCUCACCACUUCUCGACUCGUCGAGUAUCAGCUCAGAUGGCUGGACGCAGAUCGCAACCACGAUCAAGGCCAACUACCACCUCUAUGACGGUUUUGUGGUGCUUCACGGAACCGAUUCCCUGGCAUACAGUGCCUCGGCUCUAUCAUUUAUGAUGGAGGACCUUGGAAAGCCUGUUAUUCUUACGGGAUCUCAGGCCUCGAUCUUUGCGCUUCAGUCGGAUGCUGUGGACAACCUCCUGGGCUCCCUGAUCAUCGCAGGGACCUUUGUGAUCCCGGAAGUAUGUCUCUUCUUCCACCACACCCUCUUCCGCGGAAACAGGACCACCAAGGUGUCGGCCUCACAGUUCCAAGCUUUCGACAGCCCGAAUUGCGCACCUUUGGCGAAGGUUACCAGCAUCGGCGUCGAUGUGAACUGGGCCCUUAUCGAGAGGACGACGAAGAUUGCACAGUUCCAGGUCACACCGUACCUGGACACCACGCACGUAGCCUGUGUGCGGAUCUUCCCUGGUAUCAAGCCCGAGAUGGUCGAUUUCGUCCUGCGGGUGCCAGACCUCAAAGGCCUGAUUCUCGAGACAUUCGGCAUGGGUAACGCACCUGCGGGCUUGGACGGUAGCCUGACCAAGGCCAUCCGCUCCGCGGUCGAGCGAGGCAUCAUCGUGAUCAACGUCUCCCAGUGCACCAACGGCUUUGUGUCGCCGCUCUACGCACCGGGCUAUGCCCUCGGCAAGGCUGGCGUCGUGUUCGGUCAGGACCUCACGACGGAGGCCGCGCUGACAAAGCUCUCCUACCUUCUCGCCCUCAACAUUGAGCCUGCGGAGGUGGCGGCACGCAUGUCGAAGUCGCUGCGUGGUGAGCUGACCGAGCUGGCCACGCCCGCGUUCGCGCACCCCGCCGGCCCCGAGGACCUCAGCAGCGCGCUGUCCGGGGCCGAGGCGGCGUUCACGCUGCUGGGCUACGCGAUCGCCAAGGGCAACCUGCAGGCCGUCAAGGACCUGCUCGAGGGCGACCAGGUCGGGCACCAGCUCCUGAAGCGCGCCGACUACGCCGGCAACACGGCCAUGCACCUCGCCGCCGUGGGUCCGAACAAGGACAUCCUGAAGGAGCUGCUGCUGCGCGGUGCCAGCGUGCACGAGCGGAACAGGGCGAACAACACCCCGCUGUUCCUCGCGGUCAAGAUGGGCAAGCAGGACUUCGUGGACCUGUUGGAAGUUGCUGGCGCCAUGUUGUGGGAGGAGGAGAAGAAGGAGACUGCGGCUAAGAACUAA